CAACCCCUACCUCCAGCGCCUGGCUUCGCCAGACGGGACGGUCACUGGGGCUGGUUCUUUAGGAAUGCGAGCGAGUUGCCGAGCAGAAACCCUCUCCGAUAGUGAGAUUCCAAAAAAGGCUGUGGAAGGCGGUGUAUUCCAGUAUAAAGCCCUCAGAAGUAGGUGGGCUUUGGUGUAUAAAGCCAUUACUCUGGACUGUCAAUUCCAAAGCAGGACUUCUCAGACUCCAGUGAGAGCAAGGACUCCCUCCAGUGACAGCAGCUUGCAGCGGGAAGGAAAAGGAGUUGGAUCUGAAGGUGGGACUUGCUUCUAGAAAGAAACUCAUCAUGGAAGGAACAGGGAGCCCACAGCUUUGAAAGCUUUGGCUAUGGGGGAAUUCCAUCUUCUGGGAGUGAGAGGAGGAAUCUAAUCAGCUAAGGUCCUUCUUGGCUGGGAAUUCCACCCAGACCUCAAGAAGCCAGAAAGCCCACUGCCGUGGAUGUUUUCCGAAUCUCACCGAGCCAUUCCUGGAUUUAUCCCACUGUGACCCUCUGCCUGUUCGGAUUCUUCUCCAUGUUAAAACCCUCAGAACCCUUCCUUAUCCCGUAUUUAUCUGGACCAGACAAAAACCUGACCAGUGCAGAGAUCACAAAUGAGAUCUUUCCCAUUUGGACGUACUCUUACCUGGUCCUGCUCCUCCCCGUGUUUAUCCUCACCGAUUACAUCCGCUACAAGCCAGUCAUUGUCCUACAAGGGAUUAGCUUCAUCAUCACCUGGCUGCUGCUGCUGUUUGGCCAAGGAGUGAGGGCCAUGCAGGCUGUGGAGUUCUUCUACGGAAUGGUCUCCGCCACCGAGGUGGCCUACUAUGCCUACAUCUACAGCGUGGUCAGCCCCGAGUACUACCAGCGAGUGAGUGGCUGCUGCAGGAGUGUCACGCUGGUGGCCUACACGGCGGCCUCGGUGCUGGCCCAACUCUUGGUCUCCCUGGCCAACCUGUCGUACUUUUACCUCAAUGUCAUAACCUUGGCCUCUGUGUCCGUGGCCUUUCUUGUCUCACUUUCUCUACCGAUGCCUAAGAAAAGCAUGUUUUUUCAUGCAAAUCCCAGCAAAGAAGCUCCUCCAAAUCCACCAGGAAAGGAUGCUUUCUUAGAGGGACCUCCCAAGGAUCAGGGACCAGUCUGCCAGGGACUAUUCACCAUUUCAGGCAACUUGGAUGAUGACCAGCUGAGCAGCCCGAAGCCAAGAAACAUAGCUUUGAGAGCUUUUGUGCAAUGGUUCCAAGAUUUGAAGGCAUGCUACUCCUCAAAGCAUCUUUUUUACUGGUCCCUGUGGUGGGCUUUUUCCACAGCAGGUUUUAACCAGGUUUUGAACUAUGUUCAAAUCCUGUGGGAUUACAAGGCACCAUCAUCCCAAAAUUCUUCCAUCUAUAACGGGGCAGUAGAAGCUAUUGGAACCUUUGAAGGGGCCGUGGCUGCCUUUGCAGUGGGCUAUGUGAAAGUCAACUGGGAUCUACUGGGAGAGCUGGCCCUGGGGAUCUUCUCAGUUGUCAACGCAGGCUCUCUAUUUCUCAUGCAUUAUGCAGCCAACAUCUGGGCAUGCUAUGCUGGCUACUUGAUAUUCAAGUCCAGCUAUAUGCUUCUUAUAACCAUAGCAGUAUUUCAGAUCGCAGUUAAUCUGGGUGUGGAGCGCUAUGCCCUGGUGUUUGGGAUCAACACCUUCAUUGCCCUGGUGAUCCAGACCAUCAUCACUGUGAUUGUAGUGGAUCCGAGAGGACUCAACCUGCCAGUCAGCAUUCAGUUUUUAGUUUAUGGAAGUUAUUUUGCAUUCAUUGCUGGCAUUUUCCUAAUGCGAAGCAUAUACAUUAUCUGCUCAGCCAUAUGCCAAAAUAAAGUGCAGAGCUCUGCCGGAAGUCAGAAUCCAGAUGGCCCACACUCAGAACACUCAGAGGGACCAAGGAAAGUCACUAUGGGAACAAGGCUCUAACCUUGUGUCAACCACUAUCCUCUGAGCAAGGACACUCUGCUUGUCACAAGUCACUGAGUACCAUAAAUUGACGCACUUCACAAAUCUGGAUCCCAAUGAACCUUUCAAAGCCACAACAGAAUCUCAGCUUUAGACCAGGUAUCUGUGUGCUCAGUUGAACUGAGUACAGCCAACAGAGCCCAUCACCUCAAAUAACCCAUGUUGGGGACUCCGUGAAUAGCAAGAACUGGAAGAUUCUGGUUUUGAUUUCUUGGAAGGGCAUGCAAAUGGCACGGAAACAAUGAGAAAAUUUCAGCCUUCCUGGAAUUGAGGGUCCCCAUUAGUGAGCAGAAAUACUAAUGCAACUGAUCCUUUUGCAUGGUGUAAAUAUUUACUUGAUGUUACCAAAAUAGGCAACACAUGGAACAUUUUUUUAUCACAGAAGCCGUUUUCCUUCUUCUUCCAUUAAGUGUAUUUCUAUAUAACUUGCAGUAUUCUGAGAGAACUACAAGGUUUGGUCUCAUUUCUAAGGACUCCUCUUUAAGCCUGAUAACAUAGAAUUAUUUACAAACUAUUAUUUAAUAAUCUCAGCACUUAAUUUUUUCAUGAUUACUUUUCAUUUUGAGCCUUAUUGUUGAAACUCUACCUCAGGAGUAGCUCCCAACAUUCCUGUGUGUCCACAGAAUGACACGCAUGUCAGUUUGUAGCAGUCCUAGGAGAGGCAAUGAGCUUUCUCCCCACCCUGACUCCAGAUGGGUGUUUUAAUGCUAUGUCAGUGAAGUGUUUGUCUAAAACAGAGAAACUGAAGUAGAAAUUUUCAGGGGUUUCUAGAAGCAUUCAUAAAUAAGAAUGGGGGCAGGGGACAUGAAUUUUUAAAUGGCAGUGAUUGUGCCAAAUAAAAUAAUGUGUGCAAAAUA